CUCUGCCCAUCCCUCCGGGAGCAGGGCACAGCCAGCCCGGCAGGCUGCAGGUGUCUCCCGGCGGAGGAGGCUGCGGAGCCCCGCGGGAGGAUGCUGCGCGCUGGCCCGGCAGAUGCCGCCUCGCCCCGGGAGCUGCUCGGGAGGCAGAGCCGCCCCGCGCUGAAGCUCCGCGGCUGCGAGGGACCGGCAGCUGCUCCUGGAGCCCGCAAAGGCUGCGAGUGAACGGCGAGGAUGGGAGUGUGCCCGCACCGCUUCCCUCAGCGCUUCUACAGCUCGCCGCGAGCAGCUGAGAGUUUUGAUGCCUGGACAACUGGAUUCUGAAUCGUGAGAGGCUUUGAAACCCACCCCCCCCUCCCAAAUAAAACAAACCCCUUUGACUUCUUCUCUCGGCAGGAGGGGGAGGGAGGGCGGAUUUACCAUGAAGACAAAUCGAAGAUGCAGAGCCCUGCUAGCAGUGAGUCUGAAUCUGAUGGCUCUCCUCUUCUCUACAACAGCUUUUAUCACGACCCACUGGUGUGAGGGCACACAGAGGGUCCCCAAGCCGAGCUGUGGGAAAGAGAAGAAGACAAACUGCCUCAACUACGGCGGGAAUGAGACUGCAAAUGAGACGAACCAGAAUGUGGUUCAUUACAGCUGGGAGACGGGAGAUGACCGCUUCCUUUUCAGGUAUUUCCACACUGGGAUCUGGUACUCCUGUGAGGAAAAUAUCAAUGCUGCUGGUGAAAAAUGUCGAAGUUUUAUUGACCUUGCCCCGGCUUCUGAAAAAGGUGUGCUGUGGCUCUCAGUGGUGUCCGAGGUGUUGUACAUCAUGCUGCUGGUCGUCGGGUUCAGCCUCAUGUGCCUCGAGCUCUUUCAUUCAAGCAGUGUCAUAGAUGGGCUCAAGUUAAAUGCCUUUGCUGCUGUCUUCACUGUGCUUUCAGGUCUCUUGGGGAUGGUGGCACACAUGAUGUACACUCAAGUGUUCCAAGUGACUGUCAGCCUUGGGCCAGAGGACUGGCGACCACACUCCUGGGACUAUGGAUGGUCCUUCUGUCUGGCGUGGGGCUCCUUCACCUGCUGCAUGGCUGCCUCUGUCACCACCCUCAACUCCUACACCAAGACCGUCAUCGAGUUCAGGCACAAGCGCAAAAUCUUCGAGCAGGGCUUCCGAGAAGAGCAGAACUUCCUGGACCAGGAAGCCAUCAAGUACUUCAGAGAAAGGGCUGAGGAGGAGAGGGCUGAGGCUGGGGACCUGAGGUUACAGUGCCUCCAUAGCUGCUCCCCAAAUAGAAAGAUGUGUGCAGUUUCAUGCAUCUAUUUCCUUGGAAAGAAAGCAAGUGAUCCUUCAUUCAGCAGGAGGGAGCCUUGGGAGAGUGACUUGCUGGCUCUGCGCUGUUAAAAUUUGGAAACCUCAUGGCAUUUUGCUGCCUCUGUCUUGCUGAGAUGCACAUCUCAGCCACAUACUCAUGGAAGCUUGGUGUCUGUAACCCCAACCCCUGAGGGUCCUGCUCCCUCCCCAGACCUGCUGGAACAGCUCUCCAGUCCCAUGUCACUGCAGGUGGUGUCCCCAUGAUAGUGCUGGCACUGCUCUCCAGCUCAGUUUGUCAUCAGUUCACUUGGUGACUCCUGCUCCUUGAAAAUGUCAUGUCAGUCAUGGACCUUUCCACAGGCAGAUCCAUGUCCUCCAUUCUCACAGGCCUGAAAAUGUCUCUUGGUACAAAAUCGAUCUGGGUCAUGUUUCCUGAGGAAGUUCCUCACCUGCCAAGCUCCUGCAGGUGCUCAAAUGUGCUUAUUUUAUUAUUGAAGCAUGUCCAGAGGUCUUUGUUUCAAAGAACCAAUAACAAGUCUUGACAAUAGGUGUUCCAAGCAAUAGGCUCUGCUGUCCUAUGGCCAGCCCUGUCCCAAGUGCUCCCACUUAAAGGACCCAGAGCUCACCCACAGAGUGCUGACAGCACUGGGAAAGAAAACCCCAAACCAGAAGCCCAGAGUCAGGUUAAAGAGACCAUGCCUCAAUAUUCCAUCAGGCUCAGCCUCACAUCCCUUACCUUCUGUAAUGAAAUCAAAUCAAUAUUAAUGAAGUGACAGGAGUGAAGUUGUGCUCUCAGUUCACUGUUUGCUUACAAAUCCAAUAGAAGCUGCAAAAUGCUCAUUAUCCAUGCUUAUUAGGGAGGAAAACCCAUUAGUUACUGCUGCUUGGGAUGGCACAAAGCCUCACAAUGCUCAGAUGAGCCUCUCCUUCCUCGAGCAAGUCCACCAAGCCAGAAGUGGCCUGGGCCUGACCCCAGGAUCCUCCUUGGUGCUGGUUCCAGGUCCCACACUCCCAGUCCUUGUCACAUCCCCCGUUCCAGGGGCCAGCAGAGGAUGGAGGACGGCGUGAGAAGGGCUUGGCUAAAGGCAGAGCAGCCACCAAGGUCACCCUGACCCCAAGGGGGGUGUGGAAGGAGGGCACACAUCACCUGGAGCAGACCAGCCCAGCAGCCACAGCAGAGGAAGCGCCAGCAGGUGACUGGCAGCACUCCAUGGACACUUCCCACGGGGUGGUCAGUGCCAGCAGGACGCCAGAGGCACCACCUGGAGCUGCUCCUGCUGCUCUCCCCACAAACACUCCCUCCUGCAGGACCUGCCAGGAGGAGGCUCCGCCUGAACC